AUGCGAGAGCAGAAACCAGCCCAGGAAAUGUUCAUUACAAGAGCCCUUGAAAAAAUCCUCUCCGAUCGGGAGAUAAAAAAAUCCCACCACUUCCAGCUGAAAAAGGCCUGUGAAGCGGCUUUAGAUGAUAUCAAGAAUGACAAUCAACUCAAUAAGUUAGACACACACACGAUGGGCUCCGUAGAAACGGAUAAAUAUUUUCUGCCGUUCGAGUUGGCGUGCAAUUCUAAGAGUGCUAAAAUGAUUAAUACUUCUUUGGAUUGUCUGCAGAAACUAAUCGCGUACGGCCACCUCACUGGCAAUAGCCCCGACCCUACGGUACCCAACAAGCGUUUGAUUGACAGGAUCGUCGAGGUCAUCUGCAACUGUUUCACUGGGCCCCAAACUGACGAAGGCGUUCAGCUGCAGAUCAUUAAAGCGCUGCUAACGAUAGUAACAGCCAAUACAUGCGAGAUUCACGAAGGGACGAUCCUAUUGGCUGUCAGAACAUGCUACAAUAUCUACCUGGCCAGUAAGAAUUUAGUAAACCAGACCACGGCAAAGGCCACCCUGACCCAGAUGCUCAAUGUCAUCUUUUCAAGGAUGGAAAACCCAGCAGAAGAUACGGAAAUCUCAAAAGCAUCAUCACCACUGCCAACAGCAACCUCAUCAACAGUACAAUCACCACCAUCAACAACAACAACACAGAACAACGCAACAACAACAACAUCAGCAACACAAAUCAGCAGCAACAGCAGCGAACUCUUCAGCCACAUUCUUCAAAAGGAUGCAUUCCUCGUCUUCAGAAGUCUAUGCAAACUCUCAAUGAAACCUCUAGCCGAUGGACCACCUGAACCUAAAUCUCACGAGUUACGUUCAAAGAUCCUCUCACUGCAGCUCCUUCUCUCCAUCCUGCAAAACUCCGGACCGGUUUUCCAGUCGAACGAGAUGUUCAUAAACGCUAUCAAGCAGUAUCUGUGCGUGGCCCUCUCAAAAAAUGGAGUCAGUCCUGUUCAGGGGGUGUUCGAGUUGUCGUUGGCCAUAUUCUUGAGUCUGCUCAGCAAGUUUAAGCAGCAUUUAAAAAUGCAAAUCGAGGUUUUCUUCAAAGAAAUCUUUUUAUAUAUCUUGGAAUCACCGACGUCCAGUUUUGAACAUAAAUGGAUGGUCGUUCAAGCCCUCGUUAAAAUUUGCGCUGACGCCCAAUGCGUGGUAGACAUUUACGUCAACUACGAUUGCGAUUUGUCGUCUGCCAACAUUUUCGAGCGACUCAUUCACGACCUCUCGAAGAUUGCCCAGGGCCGACAGGCCAUCGAAUUAGGAGCGACAGCCAAUCAGGAAAAGAGUAUGAGGGUGAAGGGCCUGGAAUGUCUGGUCUCCAUAUUGAAGUGCAUGGUCGAGUGGAGUCGGGAUAUAUACACCAAUCCCGAUUCUCAAUCCACUCUGGAAAAUUAUUUGAAGUACGGAAACAGCAGAAAGAACUAUGGGAGAAUGGAAUUGAUUAGUUAUUUCAACAAGAGACCUAGAAAGGGUAUAAUGUACCUGCAAGAACAGGGCCUUCUAGGAACAUCCGCCCAUGAUAUCGCGGAGUUCUUUCAUAAUGACGAAAGAUUAGAUAAGGCUGGUUCAACAAAGAGGUCAUGUACUCCUAUAUUGACCAUUUUGACUUCUCAGACAUGGACUUUGUACCUGCUCUCAGGAAAUUUCUCGAAGGCUAGUUUUAGACUGCCAGGUGAGGCCCAGAAGAUAGACAGAUUGAUGGAGAAAUUCGCCUCUCGAUACUGUGAAUGCAAUCCGUCCCUGGGAAUAUUCAGCAGUGCAGAUACAGCCUACGUAUUAGCAUACUCCAUCAUUAUGCUCACUACUGAUCUGCACAGCUCUCAAGUGCGCCACAAGAUGACGAAGGCCCAGUACAUCCGCAUGAACAGGGGCAUCAACGACAGCAGGGACCUCCCUGAGGAGUACCUCUCGGCCAUCUAUGACGAAAUCGCCGACAACCAGAUCAAGAUGAAGCCGACGGCACCGCCCACUCAAAAAACCCCUGCCUCGGGAAUGACAGAGCGACAAAGAAGACUCUUAUACAACAUGGAGAUGGAACACAUGGCGUAUGCAGCUAAGGCCUUAAUGGAGUCAGUCAGUCAUGUUCAGUCCAACUUUACCAGUGCAACUCAUCUUGAACAUGUCAGGCCUAUGUUUAAGAUCGCCUGGACCCCUCUGCUGGCGGCAUUCAGUGUCGGUCUUCAGGACUGCGACGACCAGACGAUUGCGAACGUGUGUUUAGAUGGUAUAAGAUGCGCCAUCAGGAUCUCUUGUGUUUUCCAUAUGGAGCUGGAACGUGAUGCGUACGUGCAGGCCCUCUCGCGCUUCACACUCCUCUCAGCAACCUCGCCCAUCACUGAAAUCAAAUCUAAAAAUAUCGACACCAUCAAGACCCUCAUCUCCGUGGCUCACACCGACGGGAAUUAUCUGGGGAAGUCCUGGCACGAGGUUUUGAAGUGCAUAUCGCAGCUAGAACUUGCUCAGCUGAUUGGCUCGUUCGUUAAAACUAGGUACAUUACGUCAUCGUCGUCCUUGACCUUUGGGGGAGGAGGAGGAAGUGGUGCUGCUGGCAGUGGUAGCGGUAGUGGGGGCGGCGGUUAUGGUUCUCAUCAUCCGAACUCUGAAGUUUUUGAUCCGGAAGGCGGUGCUGGUAAUAGUCGUAGGGAUGUGCGUGCCAUGCAGGAAUCGAUGGAAGAGACGAGUUCGCAGAGUGUUGUGGUAGCAGUCGACCGAAUAUUUACCGGAUCCAUCAAGCUGGACGGAGAUGCUAUUGUUGAAUUCGUGAAGGCCUUGUGCAGUGUGUCCGUAGAGGAACUGUCGAGUGUGAGCCACCCAAGGAUGUUUAGUCUCCAGAAAAUCGUCGAAAUCUCAUACUAUAAUAUGGGCAGGAUUAGGCUUCAGUGGUCGAGGAUCUGGCAGUACAUAGGCGAGCACUUCAACAACGUCGGUUGCAAUCCGAACGAGGACGUCGUCUUCUUCGCCAUCGACUCCCUGCGACAGCUCUCUAUGAAGUUCAUCGAGAAGGGCGAGUUUGCUAAUUUCAGAUUUCAAAAAGAUUUCCUCAGGCCUUUUGAGUUCAUUAUGAAGAAGAACAGAUCAGCAAACAUACGCGACAUGGUGGUGAGGUGCGUGGCGCAGAUGGUGAACUCGCAAGCGCCGAACAUCAAAUCCGGCUGGAAAAAUAUAUUUAGUGUCUUUCAUUUGGCCGCCUCCGAUCAUGAUGAAGCCACUGUCGACCUGGCAUUCCAGACCACUGGGAAGAUUAUAAACAGCAUCUUCGAGAAACAUUUCAGCGCGGUGAUCGAUUCAUUUCAGGAUGCAGUGAAGUGUUUGUCGGAGUUUGCCUGCAACUCCAUGUUUCCAGACACCAGCAUGGAGGCCAUCAGGCUGAUGAGGCACUGUGCUAAAUAUGUCGUCGAGAAGUCCCAGGAGCAGCUGAUGAACGUAUCGGAAGAGGAUCGUUUGUGGGCCAGGGGUUGGUUCCCUGUCCUCUUCGAACUUUCUUGCGUCAUCAGUAGAUGUAAACUUGAUGUCAGGACUAGAGGUCUGACGGUAAUGUUUGAAAUUUUGAAGUCCUACGGCGACACAUUCCUCUCGAAAUGGUGGAACGACGCAUUCAAAGUCAUAUUCAGGAUCUUUGAUAACAUGAAACUUCCGGAGUCCCAGCAUGAGAAAGCAGAGUGGAUGACAACGACAUGCAACCAUGCCCUCUACGCAAUUGUCGACGUAUUCAGCCAGUACUAUGAAGUCCUCAGUGGCGUCUUGUCGAAGCAGCUGUACGAGCAGCUGCUGUGGUGUGUGCAGCAAGAUAAUGAACAGUUGGCUCGAUCGGGAACAAAUUGCCUGGAGAAUUUUGUGAUCUCGAAUGGGGAGAGGUUUACCGAAAAUGCUUGGGAAGAAGCCUGUGCCUGUAUGUCGCUAAUAUUCCAAAACACCAUUCCUAAUGAAUUGUUAACUUGGAGACCUGAAAACCACAAAGAUGACGAUGGUGAUGAAAAAUACGAUACGAUUAAUGUGACGUCAGCUUAUCGAGCAUUGGAUCAAGUGACCAGACGAGAAGGAUCCAUAAGUGACCAUGACCUAUUUAAUUCCCUCCUCAUAAAAUGUGUCGUCCAAUUGGAACUCAUCCAGACGAUCGAUAAUAUUUUGUUCUACCCUACAACCAGUAAGAAAGAAGAUGCGGAGAAUCAGGCUUCUGCAAAGGUCACUUUAGGAAUGUUCCAUUAUUUAUCGCCUGAUCAGUUGUUUGUUUUGUUGGACUGCUUGCUGAAGUCUCACAGAUUCGCCCGGACCUUCAAUUCCGAUCAGGAGCAGAGGAGCUUGCUCUGGAAAGCUGGAUUCAAGGGUAAGAUGAAGCCCAACUUAAUGAAGCAAGAGACUCAGAGUUUGGCAUGUGCCUUCAGAAUCCUCUUCCAUCUCUACACCCAGCCAACCAAUCAUUCUCAAGCACUGAACUUCAGAAAAAAGACCGGGACAGAUGCCCUGCAGUACUUUCUCUCGCUCCAGUCGGACCGUGAUAGGGAGGCCUGGUCCAAUCUUCUGCUGCUAUUUUUAACUCGGAUAAUGAAGCUGGAAACUUCCAAGUUUCGGAAGCAUGCUUCCAUUUACUACCCGUACCUGUGCGAUUUCAUAUGCCUGGAGCUGAAGCCGGAAAUAAAAAACACCUUAAAGAAGUUCCUACUUCGAUGCGCGCGUGACUACCAUAUUAUGUGA